AUGUUACAGUUUAGGAAACUGAUUGGCCCGCUUGUUCCAGCAUUUGGUCUCCUUGUGGGAGUGAUUCUACACCACAGAUUCCCAUCCCAGUUCAAAUUUAUUCAGCAGAUCAUUUCAAUUCAAAUGUUUCGAUCUGGCUGUAAUCACAAGAUGUUCAGAUGGUUCCAUAAGUUUGGACUUUGUAUGAGUGUCAACACAACCAGACAAUUAGUUGACCGUUUAGGGCAGGAUUACGACAAUAAAGUUAAAGAAUGGAAACAAAAUAUUGAAGAGAAUGUUCUUCAUGUCCUGCCAUCACCUGUGCCAGACACAAGGAAUGAAGAGAGUGGUUGGUCAUCACUCAGUGAAAGUGAAGUUGAGCCAUCAGAUACUGAUGAAGACCAAGAUGAAGAACAGGCAAUAGAAGACCUCUCUAUGGUAAUGGAGGAUACCAUCCUGUACUCAGAGUCAGAUGAUGAACAAGACUUUGUUCCCUUCCCUGACAUUUUUGAAAAAAAUGAAAUUCUUGGAUACUCCUUGUGUUGGGACAAUGUUCAGAAGAUGUCAGUGGCACGGCAUCAGAGCCGUCACAGUGGUAACAAGAUGCUUUUGUGGGCAAACUGUUUCGCAACACUUGACAGAGUAAACUUGACAUCAUUACCUUGUAAUUGGGAAGAGACAGUAACAGCUGGAUCUAUUGAUUUGAAGAAUUUCCUACCAAGUGAUGAUGACUGGAAGCAAUUACAGACCAGAAUGGAGGUUAUUGUACAGAGAAUAUUGACAAAUGUCCUUGACCUUGAUCUUCCAGUAGAACAACACAUAUCCCAUAAGUUUUCAAAUGAAUCUGCUGGGAAAAGCCAAGUAGUAAACCUUGGAGUUAUUAAGGAAAAUCCUUCAACUUGUAAGGGUGUUAUAGAGAUCAUGAAGAACCUUCAUCGCUACACCCCGAAAGAUGAAUAUGGUAAACCCUGGCCAGUAAUCUGCCAUUGAUGAUCAGCUGUCAG